AAAUAACGAAUGAAAGUAAGUGAAUAUCUUCACUUAUAUAAAGACAAUAGAAAGAUGAGAGAUUUCUCUGAAUACGCAAAUGUUCUCAGUCUUACAUCUAAGAGUAGGAAGGAAAAUAUUACUUUUACUACAAGUAAUUCAUAAUGUACGAUUUCUAAAUCUACUAAUAUUCGAUAAUAAUCACCAAAUAAAUAUGCUAGUAUUGCAGCUUAAAGGAAAAAGUUAUCAGUAGAAAGAAGAUUGAAGACUUCUAAUGAAGAUGAUUGGGAAUAGUUUGCGGCGGGAUAAGUUUAAUUUUUAUAACAACAUGUCAAAAACCCUAUAGCAAUAGUUAAUCUAAACAUAAACGAUAAUGGAAUUCAUACUAAUAAUAAAAUCUACUUAUAUGAAGAUUCUAACAUAGAAUAAAUUGUCACUAACAUAAGUAGACAAUACAAAAUAUCUGACAAAAAGAAAUAUGAAAUUCGUUAAGAAUUAUUAAGUUGUUUUAUUUGA